ACGCGCUCCUGCGCACUUGGACCACGAGGGGCGUUCCCUCCUCCUCUUGUCUCUUUAAGCGGAUUACCGCUUGAUCUCCGUCGCGGUUCCGUUCCGCCGUCUGUUCCUCUCCGUCUGUUUCUGUUCCUCCGCCACCACUAACCGGGAUAAAGUGUUGGCGCAAUGGAGGCGCCGUGAGGUGUCCCACCGCGGCUCCGUGGACCGUGACGCCCCGGUGACGCGCGCGCCGCAGACUCCAACUUUUCUCUCUCCCACUAAACCCGGCUUACUCCUCCGUGAAUCCUCCCGGAGACGUGAUGUGAUGCCUCAGGUCACCGGGUGAAGCUGAAGCACCGGAACCCCGGAAUGCAGAAGCAUGUGCGCUACAACGAGGGCCACGCGCUCUACCUGUCCGCGGUGGCGCGUAAAGAGGGCGCCAAGCGCGGCGCGCUGGGCAAGAGGAGCGCGGACGGCGGCCGCUGGGCGGAGAAGCACUUCGCGCUGCACCAGAACGUCCUCUUCUACUUCGAGAACGAGCAGAGCGCGAGGCCCGCCGGCAUGUACCUGCUGGAGGGGUGCACGUGCGAGCGCGCCCCCGCGCCCAAGGUGUCCGCCAUCCGCAAGGAGCCCCCCGAGAAACAGCAGCACUACUUCCUGGUGAUCUUUGGCCACGAUGGACAGAAGCCGUUGGAGCUGCGGACGGAGGAAGAGUUGGACUGCAACGAGUGGGUGGAGUUCAUCCAGCAGGCCAGUUACUCCGACAUCAUGAUGGAGCGUGAGAUCCUGAUGCAGAAGUACCUCCACCUGCUGCAGAUCAUGGAGACGGAGAAGAUCUCAGCCAAUCAGCUGCGCACUCAGCUGGAGGAGCAGGAGGCGGAGAUCGAGAGGCUGAAGGCCGAGAUCGUCGUGGUGAACAAAACCAAGGAGAGGAUGCUGCCCUCCCUGAACAACCGGGAGGAAGAGGAGGACCCGGACAUCAAGAAGAUCAAAAAGGUGCAAAGCUUCAUGCGCGGCUGGCUGUGCCGGAGGAGGUGGAAGAUCAUCGUCCAGGACUACAUCAGCUCGCCGCACGCCGAGAGCAUGAGGAAGAGGAACCAGAUCGUCUUCAGCAUGGCGGAGGCCGAGACGGAGUACGUGCACCAGCUCUCCAUCCUGGUGAACUGCUUCCUGCGGCCGCUCCGCAUGGCCGCCAGCUCCAAGAAGCCGCCCGUCGGCCACGACGACGUCAGCUCCGUCUUCCUCAACAGUGAGACCAUCAUGUUCCUGCACCAGAUCUUCCACCAGGGUCUCCAAGCCCGGAUCGCCAACUGGCCCACGCUGGUGCUGGCCGACCUGUUCGACAUCCUGCUGCCGAUGCUGAACAUCUACCAGGAGUUUGUCCGUAACCACCAGUACAGCCUGCAGGUUCUGGCCAACUGCAAGCAGAACCGGGACUUCGACAAGCUGCUGAAGCAGUACGAGUCCAACGCCGCCUGUGAGGGCCGCAUGCUGGAGACCUUCCUCACCUACCCCAUGUUCCAGAUUCCCCGGUACAUCAUCACGCUUCACGAGCUGCUGGCGCACACGCCGCACGAGCACGUGGAGCGCAAGAGCCUGGAGUUCGCCAAGUCCAAACUGGAGGAGCUGUCCAAGAUGAUGCACGACGAGGUGAGCGACACCGAGAACAUCAGGAAGAACCUGGCCAUCGAGCGGAUGAUCGUCGAGGGCUGCGACAUUCUGCUGGACACCAGCCAGACCUUCGUCAGGCAGGGCUCCCUGGUCCAGCUGCCGUCCAGCAGCGAGCGGGGGAUGCUCAGCAAGGUCCGGCUGGGCUCGCUGUCCCUGAGGAAGGAAGGCGAGCGCCAGUGUUUCCUGUUCACCAAGCACUUCCUCAUCUGCACGCGGACAUCUGGAGGGAAGCUGCACCUGCUGAAGCAAGGAGGCACGUUGUCUCUGAUGGAGUGCGCCCUCAUCGAGGAGCUGGAGGCCGGCGAUGAGGACUACAACGCAGCAGGUCAAGGCCUCAACCACCUGGAGUUCAAGAUGGUGGUGGAGCCUCCGGACGCUCCGCCCUUCUCCGUCAGCCUCUUGGCUCCUUCCCGCCAGGAGCUGGCUGCCUGGACCAGCGACAUCAGCCAGUGCAUCGAUAACAUCCGCUGCAACGGCCUGAUGACCAGCGUGUUCGAGGAGAACUCCAAAGUGUCCGUGCCGCACAUGAUCAGGUCUGACGCCCGGCUGCAUAAAGACGACGUGGACAUCUGCUUCAGCAAGACGCUCAACUCCUGCAAGGUCCCUCAGAUCCGCUACGCCAGCGUGGAGCGCCUCCUGGAGCGCCUCACCGACCUGCGCUUCCUCUCCAUCGACUUCCUCAACACCUUCCUGCACACGUACCGCGUCUUCACCACGGCAACCGUGGUCAUCGACAAGCUGGCCGACAUCUACAAGAAGCCGUUCACCUCCAUCCCCGUCAGGUCUCUGGAGCUCUUCUUCGCCACCAACCAGGGCUCUUGGGGGACGGACCCCCUGAACAACAAGUCCCCCAGGCUGGGCCGCAAGUUCUCCUCCCCGCCUCCUCUCUCCAUCCCGUCCUCCCGCGCCUCCUCCCCCGCCCACGGCCGCCAGCUGUCGCUCGGCUCCCCCGGCAGAGCGCCCACGCCCACCUCCCCCGCCGCCGGCUCCCCGACCUCCAAUCACAUCUUCUUCCCUCCUGCCACCUCCGGCCGGCUCCCCUCCUCCCCGCCGCUGCUGACCCCGGUCUCCACCAAGACCCCCCCGGACCUGAGCCGCGGCCCCGGAUCCCCGGACCUGAGCCCGGCUGCCGGGGAGGACGUCGGCGGGGAGCCGCCUCGCCUCGACGCCUUCUGUGGGAAGCUGAGGCGCAGCAUCCGCAGGGGUGAGGACGGAGGACUAGACCCAGACCAGCAGAGACCAGAAGAGAGGACUAGACCCAGACCAGCAGAGAGGACUAGACCCAGACCAGCAGAGACCAGGAGAGAGGACUAGACCCAGACCAGCUCAGUCUCCCUGGGGGAGAACUCUCGCGGCACGAUGUCGCCGGCGUCGGCGUUUGCCAUCGCCACGGCCGCCGCCGGCCACAGCAGCUCCCAGAGUUUUACUAAUUCUGACAAGGUGUGUGACAAAGAAUUCAUCAUCCGGAGAGCUGCGACCAACCGCGUCCUCAACGUGCUGCGUCACUGGGUCUCCAAGCACUCGCAGGACUUUGACCUGAGCAGGGACCUGAAGAUGGGGGUCACCGGUCUGCUGGAGGAGGUCCUGAGGGAUCCAGACCUGCUGCCCCAAGAGAGGAAAGCCACGUCCAACAUAUUGAGUUCUCUUUCUCAAGAAGAUCAAGAUGAUGCUCAACUGAAGAUAGAGGACAUACUACAGAUGAGAAGCUGUCCCCUCCUCCACUUCAUCGUGGCCGAGGGUCCUAAAGCCGAGAGCUUGGAGUCUCUCUCAGCGAUGGAGCUGGCGGAGCAGAUCACACUGCUGGACCACAUCGUGUUCAGGAGUAUUCCCUACGAGGAGUUCCUGGGUCAAGGCUGGAUGAAGCGGGACAAGACGGAGAGGACCCCGUACAUCAUGAAGACCAGCCAGCACUUCAACGACAUGAGCAACCUGGUGGCGUCUCAGAUCAUGGCCCACCCUGACGUGGGCUCGCGGGCCGGCUCCAUCGAGAAGUGGCUUGCGGUGGCCGACAUCUGCCGCUGCCUCAACAACUACAACGGCGUGCUGGAGAUCACCUCCGCGCUCAACCGCAGCGCCCUCUACAGGCUGAAGAAGACCUGGGCCAAGGUCUGCAAGCAGACGAAGGCGCUGAUGGAACGGCUGCUGAAGACGGUGUCAUCGGAGGGAAGGUUCAAGAACCUCAGAGAGACGCUGAAGAACUGUAACCCUCCAUGCGUCCCGUACCUGGGCAUGUACCUCACCGACCUGGCCUUCAUCGAGGAGGGAACGCCAAACUUCACGGAGGACGGCCUGGUGAACUUCUCCAAGAUGAGGAUGAUUUCUCACAUUAUCCGUGAGAUCCGUCAGUUCCAGCAGUCCCCGUACCGGAUGGAGCACCAGCCCAAGGUGACCCACUUCCUCCUGGACAAGGCGCUGGUGAUGGACGAAGACACUCUGUACGAGCUCUCGCUGAAGAUCGAACCCCGAGUUCCACCCGGAUGAUCAGAACCUCAGUGUGUGUGAGUGUGUGUGUGUGUUUGUUUGUCAAUCAUGGAUCAACACGACUUGAGCUUCUCUCUUAAUUAAUAAAGCAGGGGUUGUUUUCACACCGCCAGUUAUUGUGCUUAGGAAACUCAGGAGACAAUGUGCCUUCCAACGUGUGUGUAUUUAUUAUUUAUCAUUAAUGAGAAUAACACACACACACACACACAUACACCUGGCGUAACGUGGCACGAGAACGUCACGGCUAGCUGCUAUCACGUUCAAAUAUGACGAUAGUCACAGGCUUUAUGUCUCAUCUGUUGAAACUAAAGUUGUAUGUAUUUGAUUUGUUGCGGGAAAAAACAAUGUUGUAGUUUACAUCCAUUCCAUGUCUGAAAAUCUGGUUUUAUUCACUUCGCUUGUCAAUCAAAACGAGUUUCUGCGUUACGUGAUUUCAAUUUUUUCCCCUCAAAUAAUCGUCAUUCUCUUUUUCCAGAGCGUCGGCCUAAAAGGCCCCACGGUUACAUUCUUUUAUCACUUAUUAUUAGUUCCUUGUCCUUGUGGUCCUUUAUAUGUGUUCAUCCUAGUUGACUGUAUUCGUACCAUAGUCACAUAUUUGCAUUAUUCAUUUAAAGAAUGUCGGUAGACUCUAAACGUGUUUAUAGCGCGACGUCCCUUCUGUUCUGGAGAUCAACAUUAGUCGUACAUUUGACUGUUAUCUGGGUUUUAUUAGAUUUAUUCGUUUAUCUUGGGAAUCUCCAAACGCUUUAAUGCAUUAGUAUUUAAAACUCUUACUUUCUUACAUUUCUGUAUACUUUUAAACUCCAGUUCUACUGUUUUCAUUUUCCCAUUUCUCGAUGUAAUGUACAGAUAUUUACACACAAUAAAAACCAAAUAUGUAAAUUA